GCGUAUGAUACAAUGCGUAUAUAUAUGUAUAUAUAUAUAAUGAUGCCCUGCCUGGGGAUCAGAACCUGCAUCUUUCCAGAACUGCAAACCGCCGCCCCGCUGCAAUGAAUUGUCCUUUCCGACUCGCAAUGCAGCUUAAAACAGACAGCAAAGUUCCAGACAACAACAGCACGCCAUGGUCGCUAGCAGACCCUCCAUGAACCCCCCGCCGCCCCCGCGCGGGUCGUUGUAAUACCCUCCUUGCUGCGGUGCGUAAUAGCCGCCGGCGGGGGGAUACCCUCCUCCAUAUGCCGGUCCGUAUUGCGGCUGGGGACCCGGCGCGUAGUAUCCUCCCUGCGGGCCCGGGUAGCCGUUCUGUGGGGGGUAGGGAGAGCCGUUGUAGUAGCCGCCGCCAGAUUGGGGGGGAACGUGCGCGGGUUGUGGGGAGGCGAUCGAUCCGGGGUAGGCUGGAGGGGGUGAGGAGGUAUUGGGGGGGUAUUUAUUCGCCAUUUCCGUUCCUGGGACUUUUGGGCGCUCGGAAUUCGAAAACCGCUCGGGGGUGUAGGAAACCGAGGUGGGGAGGUGAAAGCGGUGAGGGUGUUUGCUAUGUACCGAGUGCGGCUCUGAUGUUCAAAUCGAAGCUGAGCGGAAAGGGGAGAGGUUGUUGGUAUACGUGUGCGCUUCAGAGCUCGGCCUGGACGCUUCGAUGUCGAAUGCGGAUUGUGGGGGGGUACGGAGCCCCUUCAGAGGGUUCGGUGUGUGUGCGCGGGAGGAGAAUGAGAGAGUGGGAGACUUCGGCCAAUGGUCUCUGAUACCUUACUCGUUCGUGGCGGGACGGAUAAGAUGCAAUUC